GGAAAACAAUAAAAUAAACAACGUCAAUGUAAACAUUUCACGAUCUCUACAAGAGCAUAUUUUUUUCGGAAACUUUUCGAAUCAAAAUUAAAAGUCAAAGACAAAAUGACCUUUCAAUUAUCGCGCUGCUUCGAUCCAUGUUGGCCCCCGGUGUAUCCCCCUUGGGACGGAAGUGUCUGCGUACCAGUACCGGUGUGUCCGACACGAAAAGAUGUGUGUCCCUGUGAACCCCUCAGUGUACCACAGUGUCCGCUCCCCUGUUUAGUUGCACCGGCCAUUGCGGCUUGCCCUUGUCCAACCCCGUGUCCCAAAACAGAACCGGACCCUGGUUAUCCCCAUUGUCGCAAGAACACGUGCUAAAUGUUUUGUGUAGUCCACGUUUUGUAGCUGAUGGAGUCCAU